AUGAAUGAGCUUGUGAUAGGAGGCAGUUUAUUUCGAAAUAAGAACAUACACAAGGAGACAUGGGAAUCACCUGAUGGAAAAACAAAAAAUCAGAUUGACCACAUCAUUAUAAGUCAGAGAUGGAGAAGCUCACUACAAGACGUUAGAGUUAUGAGAGGAGCAGAUAUCAGCUCAGACCACCAUCUUAUCAUAGCCAAAGUAAAAAUUAAACUUGCAAAAGGGACCAAAGUCGAACAAAAACGAAUUAAGUAUAAUGUGGAGAAGCUCAAAGACCUACAUCUCAAAGAUCAAUUCCAAAUCGAGCUCAGAAACAGAUUUGAAGUACUUAAAGAUUGGCCAGACCUGGAUAUAAAUAAUGAAUGGGAAGUGGGAAGAGAUAUCAUCAAGGGAGUGUGUGAAGAUGUACUUGGUAGAAAAACAAACAAAAAGAAAGAUUGGAUGUCACAUGGAACGUGGCAUAAAGUAGAAGAGAGAAGGAAAAUGAAGGAAAAGGUUAACAAUGCAAGAACAAGGGCUCAGAAACAAGAAGCACAAAACAAACACCAACUCCUCAACAAAAAUGUGAAAAAAUGUUGUAGGAAAGACAAGAGAGAAUAUGUAAAUGAUCUAGCAACUGAAGCAGAAUUUGCUGCAUAUAAGGGCGACAUCAAAACCUUGUACAAUAUCACCAAAACCCUUAGUAGACGAAAACCAGCUUAA